AUGGGCUCUGCAAGUGUUGAGAAUGGCAUUCCGCGCCAGGGCCUAGACAUGACUGUCCUAGGUCUGAACAGCGGCACGUCGAUGGACGGCAUUGACUGCGCGCUCUGCCGCUUCCGCCAGGAGACCCCCGAGUCACCUAUGCACUUCGAGCUGUUAAAGUAUGGCGAAAUUCCCCUAGAGCCUGUGAUCAAGAAGCGGGUAAUGAACAUGAUCUUGCACAAUAAGACUUCCCCCUCGGAAUUAUCAGAGGUGAAUGUCAUUCUGGGCGAGACAUUUGCCUCUGCGGUGCACCAGUUCUGCAAGGACUAUGGAGUCGACAUGAACUCUAUUGACGUUCUGGGUUCCCAUGGCCAGACCAUUUGGCUGCUCUCUAUGCCCGAGGAGGGCGAGACUAGAAGCGCCUUGACGAUGGCCGAAGGAACCUUUCUUUCUGCUCGAACCGGGAUUACCUCGGUCACAGACUUCCGUGUCAGUGAUCAAGCCGCUGGCCGCCAAGGUGCUCCCUUGAUUGCGUUCUUCGACGCUCUGGUGCUUCACCACCCCACUAAAUUGCGUGCCUGCCAGAACAUUGGAGGUAUUGCCAACGUCUGCUUCAUUCCUCCCGAUACCCACGGCGGUGUGGAUGAGUGUUAUGACUUCGAUACUGGCCCUGGUAAUGUCUUCAUUGACGCUGUGGUGCGUCACUACACCAACGGUGCGCGCGAGUAUGACAAAGAUGGUGAGAUGGGCGCUCGCGGCACUGUUGACCAAGAACUUGUGGACGACUUCUUACGUCACCCUUACUUCUCCUUGGACCCGCCCAAGACCACUGGCCGUGAAGUAUUCCGUGACACUCUCGCCCACGAUUUGAUUAAGAAGGCCGAAGCAAAGGGCCUUUCACCCGACGAUGUGGUGGCAACCAUCACUCGUGUCACCGCUCAGGCCAUCGUCGAUCACUACCGCCGUUAUGCUCCCAAGGAUCUUGAGAUUUCCGAAAUCUUCAUGUGCGGCGGGGGUGCUUACAACCCCAACAUCACCGCCUUCAUUCAGAAGCACUACCCUAACACACGCAUCAUGAUGCUGGACGAGGCUGGUAUUCCGGGUGGUGCCAAGGAGGCUAUCACAUUCGCGUGGCAAGGCAUGGAGGCCGUUGUUGGCCGAUCAAUCCCCGUGCCUACCCGCGUUGAGACUCGCCAGGAGUAUGUACUGGGUAAGGUGGCACCUGGUAAGAACUACCGCAAGAUUCUCCGACACGGCAUGCUCUUCGGUGGGCACCGGGACCACCUUCCACCGGUCAAAGAGCUGGUGAACUACGUCAAUGGCAAGGAGUUUAACAACAAGUGGUAG